GGUAACUUCAUGAUAUUGUGGUGUUCCUGGAAAGCACAUUGCGUUCAUACCUUUUUUGACAGUUGUGUUGUUGUGCUGAAACUUGUUGUUUUUUACCAGUGAAAAAAUGCCGAAGAACAUGCGAAAACGUAAGCUGGAGGAGAGCGGCGACGGUAAGAAGAAAAGAGCAGUCCCGAAGAAGGAAUAUGUGCAAGAAAAGUUCAAGCCCUUCACUGCGGAGAUGCAGGCAGAGGAAGAGCACCUCUCGAACAUCCUGUUCGGUGGUGAGACAAAUUUCUUGCAGAGCCUGGAGGAGGCUGAAAAUGAGACUCCUGGUAUGCUGUCACCGUCGAUGGACUCUGGUGUGGGAGACAGCGAGGAGAGUGAUAAGGAGAGGGCAGCAGCAUGGAUGGACGAGGAGGAUUUCAUAGAGACAGACAUUCCGAACGAGGCGUCCACAAAGACCAAGAAAUCACUGAAGCAGAAGUUUGUGGAAGUCGUGGGACAACCCUCGUGGGCUGAUGUUGAGAAGAGGAGACACGACGAUGAUUCUGAUGAUGACAUUUUGCAGACUUGCGGGUUCAUCAAGAAGAAUGCCAAAUUGCAUCUACCUUCCAACUUGUUAGAUUUUAAAGUAUCGAAACCACUGCACAGGGGCAAGUCCAACUCUUAUAUUACAUCAGUGGAAUUCCAUCCUACAUCGAGUGUUGCCAUGGUUGCUGGAGUGAAUGGUAUCGUUCAUUUGUACACAGUUGAUGGGAAGAAGAAUGAGAUGAUACACACUACUCAGUUUAAGGAUUACAAAGUUUUUUGCAGCAGAUUCACGAGUAAUGGGAGUGAGCUGAUUGUUGGCAACAACAUGAAUUACUGCUACGCCUUUGAUUUGAUGAGCAUGAAGACGAACAAAAUAGCUAUCAAUGGAGUGACGCAUUUCAAGAAAUUUGUUGUUUCUCCAGAUGGGAAAUGCAUGGCGAUCUGUGGUAACAGUGGGGCUGUGCAUGUGGUUAACACUCAUACGAAAGAGAAGAUGUUUUCGUUGCAGCAGAACAGCAAAGCUACAGCGUUGGCUUUCAAUCCACAAAGUAAUAUGCUUUUCGGGCACGGCGAGAAUGGUGAGGUCACCGUUUGGGAUAUGGGGAUGAGGCGUGUGAAGCACGUGUGGACCGACGAGGGUUGUCUUCAGGGCACGUGUAUCGAUAUUUCUCCAUCCGGACAAUUCGUCGCUACAGGAUCUGCACAGGGUGUUGUCAACGUAUACGACACCGAAUCUUUAACGAAGAAGUAUCCGGUUCCGGUGAAGAGCAUCAUGAAUCUGAAGACGGAGAUCUGGAACGUACAAUUCAAUCACUCCUCUGAGAUGUUGUCGCUUUACUCCAGCGAGAUACAGAACACCGUGAAGAUCUUCCAUUUGGGUUCGAAGACGGUGUUCAGUAAUUUCCCGCAGCUUAAUCCUGGUUUGAAUAAGGUACGCGUUGCUGCUUUCUCACCUGGAAGCGGUUAUUUGGCCGUAGGAAGCAUGAACAACUUGGUCUCGCUGUACAGGCUCAACCACUACAAGAGCUAUUGAUCAGAGUUUCUUUUAGUUUAAUUUAGGAUUCUAAUUUUUAUGUCGCAUGCAUGAGAAACAACUUCUUGUGGAAAGAAAACCAUAAAUGUUGAUAUAUUUUUAAGG